CUCGCAGUAGCAGAUAAAAACACUCCCGUCCCCAAAUAUCUACAAAACCCUAAACCCUAAUUUAUUUAGAAGCCCUCGCUCACUCUUUCUUGUAAAAACACAAGAGAGAAACGGCGACGACAAUACACACAAACAAUGUCUCUAUAUCUUCUAUACGAGUCUGCUUCUGGCUACGCUCUGUUUAAUUGCCAUGGCAUCGAUGAAAUCGGACAGAACACGGAGGCUGUUCGUAACUCGGUCGAGGACCUGACUCGGUUCGGGAAAGUUGUGCAACUCGUGGGGUUUAACCCGUUUGACUCGGCUCUUGAUGCUCUUAAUCAAAUCAACGCUGUCUCUGAGGGUCAAAUGACUGAUGAGUUGCAGAACUUUUUGGAAGCUAAUCUUCCCAAAGUCAAAGAAACAAAAAAGGCUAAAUUUAGUUUAGGAGUAGCGGAACCUAAACUUGGUUCACAUAUCUUGGAAGUAACAAAGAUUCCCUGCCAAAGCAAUGAGUUUGUUCUUGAGCUACUUCGUGGUGUGCGUCUGCACAUUGAUAGAUUCAUUGAGAACCUUAAGCCUGGUGACUUGGAGAAGGCUCAGCUUGGUCUUGGCCACAGUUACAGCAGAGCAAAGGUGAAGUUCAACGUAAACCGGGUUGACAAUAUGGUUAUCCAAGCUAUUUUCCUUCUAGAUACUCUUGAUAAAGAUGUCAACUCCUUUUCCAUGAGAGUCAGAGAAUGGUAUUCCUGGCAUUUCCCUGAACUAGUAAAGAUUGUCAAUGACAACUAUCUCUAUGCUAAAGUUGCCAAGUAUGUGGACAAUAAAUCUGAGUUAUCUGAAGAUAAAUUGCCAGGCUUGAUCGACUUGGUAGGUGAUGAAGAUAAAGCUAAGGAAAUUGUUGAAGCUGCGAAAGCAUCAAUGGGUCAGGAUCUAUCCCCUGUUGACUUGAUCAAUGUCAAGUUGUUUGCCCAGAGGGUUAUGGACCUUGCAGAGUACAGAAAAAAACUGUACGACUAUCUGGUUGCAAAAAUGAGUGAUAUAGCACCUAAUUUGGCUGCCCUUAUCGGUGAAGUUGUUGGAGCUCGUUUAAUAUCUCAUGCUGGCAGUCUUACAAAUUUGGCAAAGUGCCCUUCCUCAACCCUUCAGAUCCUUGGAGCAGAGAAGGCACUUUUCAGGGCAUUGAAAACCCGUGGUAAUACACCAAAGUAUGGCCUGAUAUUCCAUUCUUCAUUUAUUGGACGGGCAUCUGCUCGUAACAAAGGUCGAAUGGCUCGCUAUCUUGCCAACAAGUGCUCAAUUGCCUCUCGGAUUGAUUGCUUUUUAGAUAAAAAUACCACUGCUUUUGGGGACAAGCUUCGGGAACAAGUUGAGGAGCGACUUGACUUUUAUGACAAGGGUGUUGCACCCCGCAAAAAUAUUGAUGUGAUGAAAGUUGCUAUAGGAAAUGUGGAUAAUGAAGGUGUGGAGGUGGAUGUGAAUGGAGCAACCGCAAAAUCCUCAGCAAAAAAGAGCAAGAAAAAGAAAUCCUCUGAAAUGGAUGUGGAAGAAUUACCUGUUGAACCUUCAGCCAAAAAAAGCAAGAAAAAGAAAUCAACAGAAAUGGAUGUGGAUGAAAUACCUACAGAACCUUCAGCAAAGAAAAGCAAGAAAAAGAAAUCAGCAGAAAUGGACGUGGAUGAAGCUCCUACUGAACCUUCUGUUAAGAAAAGCAAAAAGUCAAAAUCCAAAGUUGAUUCUGUAGCUAAUGGUGAAGAGAAACAAACAGCUGUUACAAAUGGAGAUGGUACUGGGAAGAAGAAAAAGUCUAGAAAAUCAGUCCAAGACUCUUGAUUACUUCUUUUCCAAUUUGUUUUGAGGUGGUAGGGACUGAGAUUAAUAUAUUUUGCCUAUGUACUGUGUUACUAUGUUUCAGGUUGUAGCAAUGUCAAAGGUUGUCUUUGUUUUAUAUUUAACUGAACUUUCCAAGUAUUCUUGUGCUUAAGUUCUAAAAUUCUAUGGGUACUCUAUCUGUUGGUUAA